GUCAUAUGUUCCAACGCUGCUUCCUGGCCGGUCCAGGCACGCAGGCAGGGAGGCGCCUCAAGGCCCGCUUCACACCGGACCGUUAUUCGCCUUGUUUUGUCCUCUGCUGCUCCAGAACCGGGUUGCUGCCUGCUGCUGAGGAGCUGCGGACGGAAUGGGCGAGUGAACCGCGGGAAGAGUGGAAAAACCUGUUCGGCUGUUUGGUUGGUAGUAGUUUGUGGAGGAAAUGUUGAUGCCCGAGUGAGGCAGAGCUGGUGGCUGUGGUGAUGGUGUUGGACACAGGUGUGGUCUUCAUGGAUCAUGUCAAGGGUGACAACUCUGAAGGCAGUAGCGACCUCUUGGACCUGAACAACUCCAAAACUGCCAAAACCAGCAGCAACACUAAAACCAUGCUGAGACCUCAGGCUGGAAGGAGCAAUGUUUCCAAGCAGAAGAAAGCCCCCCCAAACGGGUUCUUGGCUCAGAAAGACACUGACCAUGUGGUAGAGAGCAAAUUAGUGUCACAAACGUGUGCCACAGCCAGACCUCCACUCCGUCACCCUCUCAGCCUAGACAUGACAUCUCAGUGCCUGCAAAGGUCUCAGGAGCAGAUGGCAGACAGGCGGCUUAUGCAACCACCUUGGCGCAGCGGUUCAGCUGCCCCGUCGCCCCCUGCGCGCAGCCUGACUAGCCUCAGCCUGGGUGCUGGUGGUUGGAUGCGCCGCAGUGAGAGCACAUGUUCAGUCAACCAAUCCCUGGGGCUGCGUGCUAAAAAGGGGACAUUGCGACCAGCCACGUCUCUACCACACAUCGCUAAAGCUGUGAGAAGCAGCACGCUGUCCCCAUCCACCAGGCCGUGUCUGCUUAUUGCCCUCAGGCCUCUGAACCUUGAGCAGGAGAAGCAAAAGUUCUUCCAGUGUGACUACAAGUAUGAACCCCAAUUUGAGUAUGCUCAGCCGGAACCGAAGUCUGUGCUAGACAAAUACAGCGAGGGCUCAGGCCUCUUUCUCGAGCAGGCUGUUGGAAUCAUGGAGUGCGUCCUGAAGAAGUUUGGCUCCUAUGAGAAUUUUGAGGAGGUCACAGGUGGCACUGUGCUUCCCAAGAGUCAGGUGUGGGCCACCGUGCGGAAAUAUUUGCAAAAGGAAGGCUGUGUGGGUGAGGUUGUGGUGCGUCUCUCUGACGAGCUGCUAUCUCAGGCAGUCAUGAUGGUGGAGAGCUGUCGUCCCACUCUGACCAUCAACCUGGCCGGAGCCCGUCAGCACUGGCUGGAGGGGAUGCUGAGACACGAAAUAGGCACACAUUAUCUGCGAGGGGUCAACAAUAGUUUUCAGCCAUGGGCCACGGCAGAGGGCAGGAAGCAGUUUGGCCUCAAGCCUGCUAACCCCACUGAGGAGGGGCUGGCCAGCCUGCACAGCGUGUUGCUACGGAAGCAGCCAUACCUGUGGCGCGCAGCUCUUCUUUACUAUACGGUUUUCCAUGCCGGCAGCAUGAGCUUCAGCCAGCUCUUCAGUCACGUUGCUCGCUUUGUUCAGCAUCCGGACGUCCGCUGGGAAUACUGCCUGCGUGCCAAAAGGGGACAGACGGACACUUCGCAACCUGGCUGCUUCAGUAAAGACCAGGUUUAUUUAGACGGGAUCCUGCGGAUACUUCGGCAUCGAAGGGACAUUGACUUCAAGAUGUUGACUUCGUUAGGAAAGGUCUGUGUCACUUUUAUACAUCCCACAGGUGAACAGGCUAAUUGGGAACAGGUGAGUGCCACGAUUGGGUACAAAAUGAGCUUCCCUGAAUUGCUCAGUCAUUCGCAAGCAAAGAUGGGGCGUGGUUCACCUCUUUGUGAACAAGUGCGUGAGAAAAUAAUCGAAAACUUCAAGGACAAUGUUCCUCAAUGUAGAAUUGCAAGGAAUUUAGGGAUUUCAUCAUCUACGCUCCAUAUCAUCAUCAAAAGGUUCAGAGAAUCUGGAGAAAUCACUGUAUGUAAGCGGCAUGGCCGAAAACCAACAUUGAAUACCCGUGACCUUCGAUCCCUCAGGCGGCACUGCAUCAAAAACCGACAUCAAUGUGUAAAGGAUAUCACCACAUGGGCUCAGGAACACAUCAGAAAACCAAUGUCAGUAAAUACAGUUUGGCGCUACAUCGGUAAGUGCAACUUGAAACUCUACUACGCAAAGCAAAAGCCAUUUCUCAACAACACCCAGAAAUGCCGCCGGCUUCUCUGGGCCCGAGCUCAUCUAAGAUGGACUGAUGCAAAGUGGAAAGGUGUCCUGUGGUCCGACGAGUCCACAUUACAAAUUGUUUUUGGAAAUUGUGGACGUCGAGUCCUCUAGGCCAAAGAGGAAAAGAACCAUCCGGACUGUUAUGGACGCAAAGUUCAAAAGCCACCAUCUGUGAUGGUAUGGGGCUGUGUUAGUGCCAAUGGCAUGGGUAACAUACACAUCUGUGAAGGCACCAUUAAUGUUGAAAGGUACAUACAGGUUUUGGAGAAACAUAUGCUGCCAUCCAAGCAACGUCUUUUUCAUGGACACCCCUGCUUAUUUCAGCAAGACAAUGCCAAACCGCAUUCUGCACGUGUUACAACAGCGUGGCUUCGUAGUAGAAGAGUGCGGGUUCUAGACUGGCCUUCCCAAAUGUUUAUUGAAUGUUGAUGUAACACAGUGGUAAACAUGACCCUGUCCCAGCUUUUUUGGAAUGUGUUGCAGCCAUAAAAUUCCAAGUUAAUGAUGAUUUGCUAAAAACAAUAGUUUAUCAGUUUGAACAUUAAAUAUGUUGUCUUUGUCGUGUAUUCAAUUAAAUAUAGGUUGAACAUGAUUUACAAAUCAUUGUAUUCUGUUUUUAUUUAUGUUUAACAAAACGUCCCAACUUCAUUGGAAUUGGGGUUGUAGAAUGUUUGCUCUAUACAAACCUUUAAACUGUGCCAACACAACAAAGACUAAAGAAAUAACCUUGACCUCCAGCUUUACUCUGAGGAUUAGGAAUAAUAAUUAUCCAUCCAUCCAUUUUCCAUACCACUUAUCCUCACAAGGGUCACGGGAGUGCUGGAGCCUAUCCCAGCUAUCUUCGCGCGAGAGGCUGGGUAUACCCUGAACUGGUUGCCAGCCAAUCGCAGGGCACGAAUAAUAAUGACGAAUGAAAUACUUUAGCUAUCUACCUCAUUGCCGACAUGUCACCACAUGUUACUGUUUGGAACAGCUAUAAUUUUCCUCGUGUGGUUUGAACAAAGAGUCUUAGUCAUGAAUGAUCAUAAAUCUUAUGAUCAUAAAUGCAAACAUACACAGACCCACUAUUACGCAAGUAAUACACCGUACAUUUACUCCAUAGUACUGUAGUAAGACGCCAGCAUCAGCAACUCAUGCUAUGCACUUGCUACACUAUGAAAAUGUGCAAAGAGUCAUACAGAGCACAGCUUACACUUACGUACGGUACAACACAACAAAAACGAAAACCAACGUCAGUAAAACACACACUUAUUAUGGGGAAACACAGAAAAAUGUCCAACAUUACAAUUGAUAUGCAAUUACCACAACUACAGUAUGUACAACAUGCUGCUAGGCAUGCUGGGAAAUCUGCGUCCACUUCUCUCGUAUGUACUGUAAAUAUUAAGAUACUACACGACAUGAUUUCCCCCCAAAAUUGCGCAAAACCUUUACGCAAUGAUUUCCGGUUUGUAAUGCAGUGCCUCCUGAGGGAUCAAAGGUCACAGGCAUGUAACGUUGGUUUUUGGCCUUGCCGCUUAUGAGUAGAGAUUUCUCCCAAUUAUCUGAAUCGUUUGAUGAUGAAAUCCCUAAAUUACUUGCAAUUGUACACUGAGAGAGGUUGUUCUUAAAGUGUUGGACUAUUUGCUUGUGCAUUUGUUCACAAAGUGGUGAAUAUCGCCCCAUCUUUGCUUGUGAACAACUGAGCAAACAUUCGCUUACAUUUUUAUUUAGUUUGAACAAAAUUGUACACAAAUUUAAAAGCAAAACAAAACAAAAACAUGGUUCAAAUGUAAACAAAAACCUGCGUAUUAGCAAUCGCUUUUAUAUGUAUAAAUAGUCAAGUUUCCCCACGUGUUCAACUGUGGUUCUUGUAGUCGAGGUCUGUGAGUCAAUUUUUCCAUUUGAAAGAUUGGAGGCCUUUGAUGGAAUAGUCUCCUUCGCCUAAUUUCUUCUUCUUUUUUUUUCUUCCAAAACCCAAUCAUAUUUGUACAUUUCCAAAAUAUAUGUGAAUGAUCCACAUUUAAUUCCCCACAAUCACACCAACAUCUUUGAUGUGUUUUUAGUUGCUUGCUUUUUAACUUUGAGGUAAUAAAAAACCUUACAAGAUUCUUCCAGGCAAAUUCCUUCCACAUCCGAGAGCAGGUAGUUGUUUUAUGUAUUCUCCACAUAUUUAGCCAAUGUAUUUCACUGAUGUUGAUAUCAAAUUCUGCCGGCAUGGUGGACGACUGGUUAGCACAUCCGCCACACAGUUCUGGGGACCGGGUUUCAAAUCCUGGCCCCGCCUAUAUGGAGUGUGCAUGUUCUCCCCGUGCCUGCGUUGGUUUUCUCCAGGCAUUCCGGUUUCCUCCCACAAUCCAAAACCAAAACCUGAACCUGGGUGUAUGG